UUCUUCUCCAGUGCUCAGACUUCCCCAUCAAUUAUAUGGUUUUGAUAAAUACCACAUACAUACCUGUUCCUUUAAUAUCUCACCGCAUUGUUAAUGAACAACUUCAAUACCUAAACUAAAUUAUACACUACUGCAACGGCAGCCUUGAGAAAACCGGGAAGGUAACGAAAAAUUCACCUGUCCACACGGAUUUCUAACUUUUAAUACAUAAAUUAAGGCUUAAAGCCGAAAUGUGGAGGGAAAAAAGAAACAAAAAAAAAAAAAAAAAACUCAAAGCAAUCCACAGCAUUAAAAAGAUAAAGACCUGCCCGGGCAUUGAGAUAUUCCACCUGCAGUCGCGUCGCAUAUCCCCAGUCCCAGAUCAACAACAUAUAAUAAUCCCAUCAGCAUUUUUGGAUACGCUUUGCAAAUGAAUUGUAGAGCGGCGGCAUUCCCAACCAAAAACCGGACUCGAAGCGUGGAUAAUAAUAAUGUGGAACCAAAAAUGAGCUCGGUUCGCGCUGACGACUGUAGACUGUAGACUGUAGAUCGUUGACUGGUCAGUGAAGGUUCUGCAUUUGCACCUGCAUCGGAUCGGAACUUUGAUGGGCCUUGCGUGGCAUGGCUUAUAAUUAAAUUGGACUUGUGGAUACAAUUUGAUAUCCUCGCCGAUGUGCUCCAUAAAACAUAUGAGCGCACGAAGAUUACAUAAUGGUUUCGUUAUUAAAUGACUUACAUUUACAUUCUAAAAGGUGUGCUAGAUGGAACUGCGCCCAUGCUGAACAAAUUGAAAAUGCAGUUAUCAUUUCCCAAAUCAUUUGCCGCGUACAUUAUUCGCCAAACUGAAAUAUUAAAACACCGGGAUGCAUAUCACUUCCGCCUGCUGCAAAUAAAAAAGGAAUAUUUCUCAAAAAACAAAGGCUUAAAAAAUCGAAACACGGAGAAAAGACAGCCAGGAAAAACGAAGCGAAAAAAUCUGUUGGCAAAAGGUGCACACAACAAGCGGAUGUAAAUGUGCCCAGCUGCAUGCCAAAAACUGCAAUUGUCAUCAAUACGAGCUGGGAUUCGGGGCGGUACACAAAGCCAAUUCAUAAAACAAAAGCAAGAGCGGAAAGUGAAUUUCAAUAACGGAUGUAAAUAAACCACAUGAGAUCGAUUACCUCCCCAGCGUGCGGGUGAGGUGAGGUGAGGUGAGUCCUGCUGUCAGGAUAACAGAUGCAGGAAAGGGCACCGACUGCAGGUUCAGCUCACAGCCCACAGUAAUAAAGCAUCCACAAUAUCAGUUAACUCAGAGCGGGAGGAUGGCAAAAAAGAAUCAUAGCGCUCGAAAAAAAGCACAAGCCAGAAACAUCUGUCCUUUCUUUCAAGGAGUAAGAAAAAACCAGCAGGUUUUAAAUUUAUUUAAGUCAGCAGCAGAAGAAAAAACCGAAAAUGUAUACACAUUGUAGUUAUGCAAAAACAUCUGUCCACGCUUAAAGGAAAAAUAAAAAAAUCCGGCAAGUUUAAAAUGUACUUAAGCAAGAAGGAGGAGGAAAUACGGCGAGCGAGGAGCAGAUACAUAUGCGAUGAGGAAGCAGCCGCGGGCCUUGGUCAUCCGAAUACAAAAGCCCAUUAAGGUAUAGCACCUGGACCGAUGAUCACCUCGUUUGGGCCCUCGAGGGAGUCAGUGGAAUUUCGGACAAGAGUGGAGUACCAAGCCGAGUAAAGAGUCCCAUAAAUGUGUCGAUAUUAUUACGGUAAACAGUCUGAUGCCUUUUAAAUUCAAUUUUAAACUCAUCUCGCGCUCUCUAAUUGGACCCUUUGCGAAAGCGGAUCCCCGGCGAAUAAUGAGGCUUGUCAUCAGGGCAAGUGAUUCCCGAAUGAAUGCGGCUUAUUGAAAAUCCAUCAAAAUAUUUAAUCUUCUGCUUCCAAGGGAUCCCUGACGUGGAAAGACCAGAAAGCAGUGUGCCAGACCAAGACCCAAAACCAAGACCACACCCAAGUAAAAUUCCCAGCGAAAGGCAACCAUCUUAGGCCAAGCUCUAAGCCAACUAAAUGCACUUUGCAAAAGUUGCAUGUUGCCCCAACAAUGGGCGUCAGAAUUGGCAAAUCCGCUAAUAAAUGGGUGAGAAGUGGCUUACGGUACUGCCGCGGCUAAGAAAAGAAAACCGGAAUGUGCAAGAUUUACACGGUUACCACUUGACCCCGUCUUCAACCGAUCGCCGUUGUCUAUCCCGACAGGUGCUAAUUGCUAGAAUGUGUAACAUUCUCGGGCGAGAAAGUCAUCUUGGAUCGAUUGAUGAAGCCGUUUUUAUUGAGAAUUCCAAAAUGAAAUGUUCGUGAGCCAGAAAAAGAACGCCAAGAACAUGGAUUAGUAGCUUAAGGCCUGAGCUGGCAUAAACACGCACUGAGAUUCGCUCGGGCGUAGAUAAAAAAUAAAAUAAAAAACAAAGAAAUGAAACUACGUAUAGUAAUUAUAGUGGUUACUUGCCUGCUCGCCCAGGGGCUGGCCACCCUGGGCAGUCUGUCCAAGCAUCAGAGGAGCAAGAGAGCUCCCAUUCCCUGGCUUAUAUACCCCACCACAUCACCCACCAGAGUUAUGUUCAUUGGCGGCAUAGGUAUUCCGCUGGAGGAUCUCAACUAUGAGGCGGUUACCACCGGCUAUGUCUUGAAGGUGGAGUACUGGCUGCCCACCGAACCGGAUGAGCUGAGGACACCCACAGCACUGCCCCUCACCCAAGUGGCCACGCCUGGAAUCACUGGAGCCAGAAGGCAGAGGAAACCCAUGUUCGAGAACUUCCUUGUGGGAGUGGAUGAACUGGGCAAGAACACCAGGAAGCUGCUGACCAGGACCAAUAAGGUUUUAAGUAGCUAUCGCUGGACAGUCUACAAGGGACUGGAGGGAUUGGCCGAUCGUCUGGGAUACCAGGGCAGGAUUUGUGUGCUGAAGAGCAUUUGCGAGGCGGCCGAGGAGCCAUUUCAUUACACAAAUGGUCUCUUUGCGGAUCUUUUGCACAUAUUACUAACACCCUCCACCUCAGUGGACAAGUUAUCAGAACAUGCGGAUAACGAGUAUUACUAUGCCGAAAAGGUGGGACAAUCAGGGGCUGGUUGUGAUCGCGUCUUCAAGGAGUGUCGACUGAGUCUACUGCAACACUUCAGCGAACUCCAUCACAAUCUGGACAAGAUCUUAUUCUGAGCAAAUAAAAAAAGACUUAAAUGAUACCAAAA